GCGUUUGUUUUCUGCGUUUUUUUGUCGCAUAUAGAUUUAUACGACUCAUUUUCCGUAUUUACCUAGAGGCUUCAAAAUCUCACCAGUAUUCAUUGAGCUCUUGAGGUGAGCUCCCGCUGAUGAUAAUUGCGAUGCCUGUAUUACCAACUUGGUAGAAAUGAGCGCGUUCGUCUAAUCAAGCUUGGAUUUUGUUUCUUUUUGUGAUGUACAUUCCUGGUGCUAAGUUUGAAGAACACCGCUUCAAUAUUUUUAGAGAUAUUCUUUAUUCAGUAUUUUACCGUUUUAGUUGCACAACUGAUGACGUCAUCAGCUUCCUAAUUUGGAUAAUACAAAAACGACGAUAUCUCUAAAACGAAAAAAAGAUAUUCCACAAAGGAAAACGUAAUUCUUCUGUAUUUGAGAAAGCCUUUCAAAUCCUUUCAAAUAAGUAGCAAUUAUUUUUCAGUUCAUAGGCACUUUAAACCCCACAGCUCGCUCUCGGUUACGCUCAAAAUGUACUUGAAGCACGGCCAUUCCAUAAGAUAAACAAACACACCUUGUAUCUCCUCUGCCGGUUUGAAACCUUUGCCAAGCGCAGGUUUGAAGAUGGGGAACAACAUGGUUGUUAAAUUGACUGAAUCCGACAUAAAAUGGUUCACUAAGGAGUACUAAAACGCCAAAAAUGCAACAAUUAAGAAAGGGACUUCAUGAGGCUUAAAAGUAAACCAAAGAUAUUCCAGCCACUGAGCCGCCGAGCUGCAGUUCACAUACGCCGCCGUGCUCUCGAUUCACCGUUCAAUAGUUUUUCUCUACAUCAUAAAAUUAACAUUGAACUCAAAGAUAUGAAUUUCAUAUUCCCCUUACAAAAACAAUACUCCACUAGUUUGCGUGAUAUUGUUUUUUGCUACUCGAAGAUAACAUUCAUAACUUUGAGCCAACGUGUAAUAUCCUCUGUAUAUUAUGCACCUGUUCACCGGAGAGGAGACCAAGACGAGCGGACUCCGACCAUAUCUCCGCCCCUGACCAAUCGCUGUUCAAACGUAUAAGAUAACUCGCAAAUAAUUAUAAGCGACGGAGCUCUGCUAUCAUAACCUUGGUCUGAAUAUAAGCUCUAAAUUCGGAAUUCGAAUUACUAUAAGAUUUGAAGAAAAUGUUGUAUCAAUGAUAAGAUUGAUAUGCUGGAUAGUACAUUUGUGAUUAAUAGCUUGUUUAAUUGAUGUCCCGGACGGCAUUUGAUUAAAAUAUUCGUACGCAGUAACACGAUUGUCCUUUCUAUUGCUUUUUUUUUUGGUUUGUUUGUUUGUUUGUUUGUUUUUUUUGUUCGUCUUUCAGAAUGUGGACCUGUUGGUGUGGAGGAUAGGAACAAAAUACCAGAUGCCAGAAUGACGGCAAGCACAUACUACUAUAGUGUUAAUUAUCCAUACUAUGGCCGGCUGAAUGAGAACAGGGGAGAUGGAGCUUGGUGUACAAAGACAAAGAGAAACAGGACAGACUAUCUUCAAGUUGAUAUGGGUGCAUUGCACACUGUUUGUGCAGUGGCAACACAAGGAGAAAAAGAAUACACUGUUUGGACCACCAGCUACAAAGUGCAUCUUUCUACAGAUGGAGUAACAUGGAACAGCUACAAGGAAAACAAUGUUGAAAAGGUGUUCGCAGGAAACACAGAUCAAAACAGUAUUGUGAAGCAUUCACUCAUUCCUGUCGUUAAAGCAAGAUUCGUGAGAUUUUACCCCGUCACACAUCACCAGCAUCCCUGUAUGAGAGUUGAACUAUUCGAUUUAAAGUAGUUACACCGAGUUGGUUUGCCAUGAAAACAAUGAGCCCGACAUAACCCUUUCUCCAGCGCUGUGCUCGGUAAUUGUGUUUUCUUAAUUUCGUCAAAUAAAUUAUACCAAGAAAGUAGACAAACUGAGA